CCUUUGCUUAGGAUACGUUUCUGUGGUGAUAGUGGACAGGGCCAGGGGUGCAAACAUGCUAUCUUGGAUUCAUUGGCAGUGCGAUCUAAAGGCGUUCGUGGGAGAAUUUUUGCAUUCCAAUCGAGCUGAGAAGAAAAAUACGCUAGAGAUUUUGCGAAAGCGGUCAUCGCUCAAGCCGUGUCAUAUGAUUUUAUCAUUCCCAAAUAAUCAUGAAGGGCAGACCAGCCCAUAUUCGGACGUUCUACGCAAGCUGUGUGAGGUGCUUCCGAAGGUUUCGAGGGACUGGAGGUACCAGAUCGCAUGUGCGGAGCUGGACCGUAGCAGGAUUCUGAUGACCUUGGCAAAGCCUGCGGUAGUCAUCGGCGCCAUCCAGACAAUCAUGAAUAUGAAGAAAGAAAUAGGGACAAGGUCGUCCAUAGCUCUGUUCCUGGACACGGGACCGGGCCACCGCGACACAACGCUGACGGACGAGCGCCAGCUGCUGGUCCAUGACGUCAUCUGCCGGCUGAUGACCUUCAUGGGCCACCACGUGACGGAGGUGGCUCACAGCCACGACCUGGUCUCGCCGGCGGCGGCGCCCGGUGCCGCCCAGACCCUGGUCUGCGUCACCGGCAACUCCCGGCUGGACCUGCGAUGCGUGUGGGCGCCGGGGUCUGAGUCACAGGCGACCGACCCGGAGACGGAGCCGCGACAGACCGACCUGGCGCCGGAGCGGCAGGCGGCGGCUGUGGGAACCGCUGUGAACGUGGUGGUGGAGCCGGUCGUCAAUCUGAAGACGGGGAAGAAGGAGCUGGAGGUGUCGCCGACAGAGUACCGCAG